AUGGUGGAGGAGGAGGGUAUAGUAGUGGAGGGUAUAGUGGAGGAGGGUAUAGUGGAGGAGGGUAUAGUGGAGGAGGAGCUUCUGGUGGUGCUGCUGCUGGAGGAGCCUCUGGUGGAGCUGCUGGAGGAGCUGCUGGAGGAGCCUCUGGUGGUGGUGCUGGAGGAGCUGCUGGAGGAGCUGCUGGAGGAGCUGCUGGAGGAGCCUCUGGUGGUGGUGCUGCUGGUGGUGGUGCUGCUGGUGGUGAAGCUGCUGGUGGUGGUGCUGCCGGUGGUGAAGCUGCUGGUGGUGGUGCUGCCGGUGGUGGUGCUGCUGGUGGUGAAGCUGCCGGUGGUGGAGCUGCUGGUGGUGAAGCUGCUGGUGGGGGAGCUGCUGGUGGGGGAGAAGGUCAUGGCGGAGGUGCCGGUGGAGGAGAGGGUGCCGGCGGAGGUGCUGGUGCCGGUGGAGGAGAAGGUCAUGGUGCCGGUGGAGGAGAAGGUCAUGGUGGAGGUGCCGGUGGGGGAGAGGGUGCCGGCGGAGGUGCUGGUGCCGGUGGAGGAGAAGGUCAUGGUGCUGGUGCCGGUGGGGGAGAAGGUCAUGGUGGAGGUGCCGGUGGGGGAGAAGGUCAUGGUGGAGGUGCUGGAGGAGGAGAGGGUGCCGGCGGAGGUGCUGGUGCCGGUGAAGGACAUGGAGGUGGUGCUGGCGGAGGAGAGGGUGCCGGCGGAGGUGCUGGUGCUGGUGCUGGUGCCGGUGAAGGACAUGGAGGUGGUGCUGGCGGAGGCGCUGGCGGAGGUGGUGCUUGGGGACAUGGAGGUGGUGCUAGUGGAGGCGCUGGUGGAGGUGGUAGCUGGGGACAUGGAGGCAGCGGAGGUGGUGCUUGGGGACAGGGUGGUAGUGGAGGUGGUAGCUGGGGACAGGGUGGUAGUGGAGGUGGUGGAGCAGCCGGUGGUGCCGGUGGAAGAUGGGGAGGCGGAGGAGGAGGUGCCGGUGGAAGUGGCGGUGGAGCAGCUGGAGGUGCUGGAGGACGUUGGGAAGGCGGAGGCGGAGGUGCCGGAGAUUUCAUUACGAUUGGUAACCAUGGAAAGAUGGGUCCUGACAGAAACGUCACAACGAAAAGACUCUUAG